CCCCGGCCCCGAGCGCCGCCGCCCGCGCACGAAAACUCUAAGUCACCCAGAAGAUAUGAGUUUGACAUAAGAAUUACUGAGUAAAAUUCUGUGGCCUGUGUUUAUGUAGAAGUGUGGUUUGCUGCUGGACUCUUCCCCCCACACCCCCACAGGAUGAUAUGAGACUUGAAAGAAGACGAUGCAUACAGGAGGAGAGACUUCAGCAUGCAAACCUUCAUCUGUUCGGCUUGCACCGUCAUUUUCAUUCCAUGCUGCUGGCCUUCAGAUGGCUGGACAGAUGUCCCAUUCACAUCAGCAGUACAGUGAUCGUCGGCAGCAGAACAUAAAUGACCAACAGGUUUCUGCCUUAUCGUAUGCUGACCAGAUUCAACAACCUCUAACCAAUCAGAGGCGGAUGCCCCAAACUUUCCGUGAUCCAGCUUCGGCUCCUUUGAGGAAACUCUCCGUUGAUUUGAUCAAAACAUACAAACACAUUAAUGAGGUUUACUAUGCAAAAAAGAAGAGGCGGCACCAACAGGGCCAAGGAGAUGAUUCCAGUCACAAAAAAGAGCGGAAAGUUUACAAUGAUGGCUAUGAUGAUGACAAUUAUGACUAUAUCGUGAAAAAUGGGGAAAAGUGGAUGGAUCGUUAUGAAAUUGACUCUUUAAUAGGCAAAGGUUCCUUUGGACAGGUUGUAAAAGCUUAUGAUCGUGUGGAACAGGAGUGGGUGGCUAUUAAAAUUAUAAAGAACAAGAAGGCUUUCUUAAAUCAAGCCCAGAUUGAAGUGCGACUUCUCGAGCUUAUGAACAAACAUGACACUGAAAUGAAAUACUAUAUAGUGCAUUUGAAACGCCACUUUAUGUUCCGAAACCAUCUCUGCUUAGUCUUUGAAAUGCUGUCCUACAACCUCUAUGACCUGUUGCGGAACACCAACUUCAGAGGUGUCUCACUGAACCUGACACGAAAGUUUGCGCAGCAGAUGUGCACUGCACUGCUUUUCCUGGCGACUCCUGAACUUAGUAUCAUUCACUGUGACCUAAAACCUGAGAAUAUCCUGCUGUGUAAUCCCAAACGGAGCGCUAUCAAGAUUGUUGAUUUUGGCAGUUCUUGCCAGCUUGGACAGAGGAUAUACCAGUAUAUCCAAAGUCGUUUUUAUCGAUCACCGGAGGUGCUACUGGGAAUGCCUUAUGAUCUUGCAAUUGACAUGUGGUCCCUUGGGUGUAUUUUAGUUGAAAUGCAUACUGGAGAGCCUCUUUUUAGUGGAGCAAAUGAGGUGGAUCAAAUGAAUAAAAUAGUGGAAGUUCUAGGGAUACCACCUGUUCAUAUUCUUGACCAAGCACCAAAAGCAAGAAAGUUCUUUGAGAAGUUGCCAGAUAGCACUUGGAACUUAAAGAAGACCAAAGAUGGAAAAAGGGAGUACAAACCACCUGGAACUCGUAAACUUCACAACAUACUUGGAGUUGAAACGGGGGGACCAGGUGGACGUCGUGCUGGGGAAUCGGGUCAUACUGUAGCUGACUACUUGAAGUUUAAAGACCUCAUCUUAAGGAUGCUUGACUAUGAUCCCAAAACUCGAAUUCAACCAUACUAUGCCCUGCAGCACAGCUUCUUUAAGAAAACAGCAGAUGAAGGUACAAAUACAAGUAACAGUGUGUCUACGAGUCCUGCCAUGGAGCAGUCACAGUCUUCAGGAACCACCUCUAGCACAUCUUCUAGUUCAGGUGGGUCUUCUGGAACAAGCAACAGUGGAAGGGCACGGUCAGACCCUACUCAUCAGCAUCGUCAUAGUGGCGGACAUUUCACAGCGGCAGUCCAAGCUAUGGACUGUGAAACACAUAGUCCCCAGGUUCGACAGCAGUUUCCUCCUCCACUUGGUUGGACAGCCACUGAAGCUCCUACACAGGUCACUGUUGAAACCCAUCCGGUUCAAGAAACCACCUUCCAUGUAACCCCUCAACAACAGAAUGCAUUACAUCAUCAUCAUGGAAAUAGCUCCCACCAUCACCACCACCAUCACCACCACCACCAUCAUCAUGGACAACAAGCCUUGGGUAGCCGGACCCGGCCAAGGGUCUACAAUUCUCCAACAAACAGCUCCUCCACCCAGGAUUCUAUGGAGGUGGGCCAUAGUCACCACUCCAUGACGUCCCUGUCUUCCUCAACUACUUCUUCCUCUACAUCUUCCUCCUCUACUGGUAACCAAGGCAAUCAAGCCUAUCAGAACCGCCCAGUGGCUGCUAAUACCUUGGACUUUGGACAAAAUGGAGCUAUGGACGUGAAUUUAACAGUCUAUUCUAAUCCGCGCCAAGAGACUGGCAUAGCUGGACAUCCAACGUACCAGUUUUCUGCUAAUACAGGUCCUACUCAUUACAUGACUGAAGGGCACCUUGCAAUGAGGCAAGGAAUUGAUAGAGAAGAGUCUCCCAUGACAGGAGUUUGUGUUCAGCAAAGUCCUGUGGCUAGCUCGUGACUAAACUGAAACUAAGUUUGUUUCUUGUGUGUUUUUAUAGAAGUGGUGUUUUUCCAAAAACAAAGUGCAAAGCUGCUUGAAUCAGAAGGAGAUAAACUCACUGAACCGCUACAGGAGGGCAAAGCUGACUAUUUUUUUAAACUUGAAAAGUUUGCAAAGGGACAAUGAAGUUUUUUAAGAGCCAUGUCCAAACCCACCUUUAUGGAUAGCUUAGAGGUGUCGUCUCACCUUUUGCUUCCCCCAUUUUAACUUGCCACAACUUAGUCAUAGUUAUUUUUUGUCUCAUUCAACAGGGGUUAAUGUUCAAAUGUUGGUCUUAGUUGCAAACUAGUUUCUUUUUAAAGGCACUGCACACGAUUUACAUAAAAGGGCCCUUUCAGAUUUUAGGGGGUGGGAGAAUAAGUAUUAUGUGUGUAUGUGUGUGGAUUUUUUUUUUUGGUUUUUGUUUUUUUAACUUCCCCAAACACACAUGGGCACAGAAUUGCAGUACUGUAAGGAAGAGGGACCUUCAAAUUACACAAAUAUAUAAUCUUCAGCUGUAAAAAGGGACGGUUGUAAUGGAGUUUGUAAGGCACAUUAAGCAUGCUAAAUGGCGGUGAUCAGAACUCUCCUUAUCUGAAUCUACUGAGGAUCAAAGCAGCAAUUAUAAUGGGAUUCUGUGUGUCUCGUAUUUAGAGACCACAGUCAGCUAGUAUUGGAAUAUAACUGGUCUCAGAACUAAGGUGCACUGAGAAGCAAUCAACGGGUCGGUCCUGGCCAGUCCUGGGGAGGUUUAAGUGGUGGUCUUUGGGAUAACCUUUGGCCUUAUGGAUUUGGACUCUAAGUUAGAAGAGCCUACCAUUUCAGAUGCAAUCACUUUUGGACAUGCAUUUGCAGACAGUCCUUAAUGCUGAAAACACAGAGAAUGGGUAAUUCAAGAGGCCUUUCUUUUAAAAUAGACUUUUGUGACCCACUUAUUGUAAGGUAUUGCAAGGUCACUUUGCGUGUGUCAUAAAGUUGACUUCCUUAUUGGUUGAAGGUCACAGAAGUAGUGGUUUGCGUUUGAUGGAAAUAGCUACAACUGUGUCCCUUCUUGCUUUUUACUUUUUUCUUUUGCUUUUUCUCGGCACGUGGUUUCUCCACCAUUACUUCUGCACAAAGAUGUCUUCUGUUCAUCCUGAACAUUUUUAAAAAUGCAGAAUUUUAUGUGACUGCUUUUUUGCCUCACAAUUAUGCUGUGAAUUUUACAAAAAUUUAUUUUCUUUUUUGAUAAUUUAUUGUACCAAAGCUGUUUUUAUAGCACAUAGAUGUCUGUAACCAAUAAUGUAGCAGUUCUGCACUUUGACACAAGGUGUAACUAGACCAUUUUUAAAUGUCAGUUGAAAAUUAUGGCUGUACUAUUGCUUAAACAAAACUGGAACUGUUGUUGAAUUCAUAGCCAAUACAUUUACAGCAAUCUCUGUGCUGAACAUAAUAGAUUGACAUCUAAUUCAAGACUGUAACAUCUGUUACAUUAUAAAUACGUUCAGGCUUCUGAAGGUAAAAGGGACACUAGAUACAGAAGCUAUGAAACCAGCAAUUGAUUCUUGUAUUCCGUAUUAACAUAAAUGUAAACUUGAAGGCAAGACCUUGGUUGCAUGAACAGGUCCAAAACAAUAGUAUGAGUAAAGCAAAAAGCUCAUGUGAGACCUGAGGUUAGCAGGCUGUAUUUAACAGGUGCCUAAUUUUUGGGUUAUGCUGCCUUAAUAUAACACAGUCAGCUUGGCAGUUGCUAAAUUUUUGGGCCCAUAUAAAGAUUUAUAUAUAUUAUGAUUAAAAACUCAGCAAACUAAAUAGAAAAGGUAGGGUAAUUUGGUGAUUACCCAUCCCAUAUUGCCCAUUAUCUAUUACAGAAGCAGUGAUCUACCUCUGCCAAUAAACCCUUUAAAAACUAAUGCAGCAUAAGACUAUCCCAUCACUCAUACUGGUCAAUUCCAUGUGGCUAAUGAAAUCAGAUUUUUCUGAACAAAAGCUGAGGGUUUUGUACUUAAAAUGACAACACAGCAGCUGAAUAUUGUCUGCAUAUGAAUGAAUACUUGGGGUUAUCAGUUUUUGUAAACCAGAACUUUUUUUAUCAAGGGAUCCAUAUUUCUUUUGUACUGAAAUGUCAAGCUUGUGGUUGAAAGCAUUUUUGAACUCAGUAGUUAAGAAAAGUUUAUGGUGAUUGAAAGGUUGUCAUCUUACAAAUGGAGUGCUGAGUUUAGCAAUAUAAAAAGGAAUCCAAUACUUACUGCUGUCUAGGAAUAUAAGGGUAAUAUAAAAUAUCGGUAAUAUUUUUUGUGCUGGUUGCCACACUUUAGCAAGCACCAAAAAUCAAAACCGUUUAAAAAUUACAUAGAGAAGAAAUCAUAAAAUCCAAUGCUUCUGCAUACUGUGUUAUGUUACAGUCCAGUUUUGUGUGCUUUACUACACAGUUUGGUUACAGGACUUCUGUGCAUUGUAAACAUAAACAGCAUGGAAAAGGUUAAAUACCUGUGUUCAGAUUGUAAGAUCUAGUCCGGACUUGCUGUGUAUAUUGUAACGUUAAAUGAAAAAGACAAGCCCUUUGUAUUAUAGUCAUGCAGUCUUAUGUAUGAUAAACAGUUGAAUAAUUUGUCCUCA